AUGGCCACCUCGAAAGCGGCCUAUGCGGCUGAGCAGGCUAUUGGCCACGACGGCAGUACCAUUACGCAGCAAGAUGUUUCCGACUACACGAAAACCGGCGACCCUUCCUCGACCAUGAAAGCCCUUGUGUGGCUCGCCAAGAACAAGGUCGAGGUACAAGACGUCCCGAGGCCACGCAUUCUCGAGGAUGGCGAUGUCAUUCUCAAGGUUACCGGCAGCACCGUCUGCGGCUCCGAUCUGCACUUACUUCACGGCAGUGUCGUUCAGCUCAAGAAGGGUGACAUCCUAGGCCACGAGUUCUGCGGCAUCGUCGAUGAGGUCGGCUCGGGGGUCAAGAAGGUCCAGAAGGGCAAGCGAUACGUAGCCAGCUUCCAGAUUGCCUGCGGUGACUGUUUCUUUUGCAAGCAGAAGCUCAGCAGUCAGUGCGAGAAGACGAACUCGAACACCACUGAGAGGGCAAUGUAUGGCGGACAGACCGCGGGCAUGUUUGGCUACAGCCACUUCGUUGGCGGAUUCGCGGGUGGACAGGCCGAGUACGUCAGGGUACCGCUCGGCGACGUCAACUUGCUGGAGAUCCCUGAGGAUAUACCCGACGAGAAGGCAUUGUACCUCAGCGAUGUGCUACCCACAGCCUAUAAUUGUGCCAAGGAUACGGCCGUCUAUGAAGGAGAUCAGGUUGCAAUCUUUGGCGCCGGUCCGAUUGGCCAGAUGGCCGGUCAGUUUGCGGUUGGCCUGGGCGCGAGCAAGAUCAUUUUCGUCGACACGGAACCGCGGCUGAGCAUCGUCAAGGACAAGUGGCCUAGUCAGCACAGUGACAAGAUCCAGACAAUCGACUUCAAAGAGCUGAGUUUCGGGGUUACGAAUAAAGAGACGGUCGUUUCGAAGCUCAAAGAGAUGUGCGGUGGACGCGGACCCGACGUAGCACUUGAGUGCGCCGCUGGCGAAUACGCAAAGGGUUGGCUACACUGGCUGGAGAUACAGACAGGUGCCGAGACGGACACGAGCGAGAUCCUCAAUGAGAUGAUCGAGGGUGUCAGAAAUUUUGGUCGGUGUGGUGUGACCGGCAUAUAUGUCGGCUAUACAAACCAUUUCAACAUCGGUUCCAUGAUGCAGCGCGGUGUGCGCCUCAUUGGCAACGGCCAAGCGCCCGUGCAUUUGUAUUGGGAGAAGCUGCUGGACCAAAUCAAGACUGGCGAGCUCGAUCCACUACAGAUGGUCUCGCACAGAUUCAGCAUCGAGGAUAUUGACAAGGUAUAUUACGCGUUCGAGAAGAAAGAGGAUGGAAUGCAGAAGGUGUUUGUGGAAACAAAAUUCUCGCUACCUGCGUGCCAAGGGUGCCCCAAGUUGACCAGGUUGUAA